CACCCGCCAUAACGAACGUAGCGUGGUGUACAGAGUGUGUUUGAAUGAACGUGGGCCGUUUUUCUUCAUAAUAAUUGUGCUAAAUAUCCAUUCCUAAUUAGUGCUACUGGAUCUACACAAGUGUUCAUCAGUGUUUCGCCGAUGAAGUGAUGUAAAUGUUCAAUCGAUAAACAGUUUAUUGCACCCUGAACUAUGAAUAUGGAUGUUGCCCAGAAAUUAAAUUUCGACGCUUACGAUAUUGAGGACGAGGAGCUCAACAUCAGCUGUCGUACUAACAGUUCGGGAUGCGAUGUUGAUGAUGCGUUAGAUUCAUCUGAGGACUUUACACCCUCACCACAACCCAGACAAUUGUUUAGUUCAAUGGACUGCAGUGAUAGUGAUAAUUCGCCGAUUCAUGACAAAACACCAGCUAUCGUCGUGACAGGGGCGAUUGGUGGCAGAAAUUCCCAUCGUGACAGUGGACCUCAGUCGAGACUGGCAAUGGCCUGCAGUCCACCUUACAAGAGGGUUCGGGCCCUCCGACUCUUUGAUUCUCCAGCAACACCAAAAACAUUGAUUGAAAAAAGUGCCAUGCACACACCAGUGCCAUCGAGAUGCAACAGACUAUUUCCUGGUGAUAAACCGAGACCAGUGGCCUCGAGCUAUCAGUCCAAGAGUGAUAAACCAGCGGCUAAUGUCAACCCUUUUACACCUAAUGGGAUGCUACUUACAGCUAGGAAGAGGAGUAGAUCAAAACGUAGUCUCAAUGGUUCACCAGACAUAAGAAUACCAAAGUUCGACCUCCCCGACACAGAUGAGUCAGACACAGAGAUAGAGCAGCCAACGAAACGCGUUGCCCUGAACGAAUCCAACAUUCCCCGUUACAAACAGGAAUUCCACGAAUUGAAGUUGAUCGGUGCCGGUGAAUUUGGUUCGGUCUACAAGUGUAUAAAUCGUCUCGAUGGCUGUACAUACGCGAUAAAGAAGAGCCUCAAGCCAGUGGCAGGUAGUGUCAAUGAGAAAAAUGCACUGAACGAGGUUUAUGCACACGCUGUCCUCGGUAAACACCAGCACGUGGUGCGUUACUACUCAGCAUGGGCCGAGGACAAUCACAUGAUUAUUCAGAAUGAAUUUUGCAACGGUGGCAGUUUGGCUGAUGAUAUUGUCAAACGUCAGAAUGAAAAUCGUCCCUUUACCGAGGCUGAAUUGCACCAGUUGCUUCUACACGUGGCCGAGGGCCUCAGGUACAUUCACAGCAUGCAGUUGGUUCACAUGGACAUCAAACCUGGCAACAUAUUCAUAUCCAAGGAGAAACGCUUGCUAGCUGUGAACUACGACUCUGCUGAUGAUGGAUUUGAUGAGGAGGAGACUCUCGAGGAGGAGAUUACGUACAAAAUUGGUGAUCUUGGUCAUGUUACGUCCAUCAGCAAUCCCACUGUCGAGGAGGGUGACUGCAGAUAUUUAACAACUGAGAUAUUACAUGAGGACGUAUCGCAUUUGACCAAAGCCGAUAUUUUCGCUCUUGGGCUUACGGUUUAUGAGGCAGCAGGGGGUGGCCCGCUACCCAAAAAUGGACCUGAGUGGCAUUCUAUCAGGCAGGGCAAUCUUAAGGAGUUACCGCAGUACAGUAGAGAUCUUAAUGAACUUCUUAAGCUUAUGACUCAUCCAAAUCCUGAAACAAGGCCCUCAGCAGUGUCCCUCAUCCAGCACAGGGUACUCUGUCCAUUUGGCAAUAAAACAAAAGCCCAAUUACGACGUGAACUCAAUGAAGAAAAACAAAAGAAUGAAAUUCUGUUGAAACAACUUCAAGAGGCUGCCAAGUGUCUCAACACAAUUGCUCCAAACGUGACUGCCAUUAAUAAUUCGUUGAGCUCAAGUGGUUACAGGCUGAGGCCAACACCAAAUAGAACAUCAUCCAGAGCUAUAGGUAAAAAAAUCAAUCGUAGCAGUAGUACAACGAAUUUUUAAGAAUCUCCAUCCAACGAUGAGCAGGACAGGUUUUUUUUAUAACUUUUAAAAUCUUUGAGGGGGGAGGGUGGGGGGUGCCUGGAGGUGCCUUGAUAAUGUGAUAUCAUAUUAACUCUAGAAUAGUAAGAGAUUCCAUUUAAAAUUUCAGUAAAGGUCGUGAGAAUACUGAGAGAAAAACCCUAAAACGAAUAACAAAAUUAUUGAGAAUUGUCCAUUGUACGCAGAGUAGAGCUGAUUAGUUAUUCAGAUAAUGCAUGUUGAGAAUCAUCGUUUUUUUUAAAUUCUAGUUAUAGUAUUUUCCCCCCAACAUUUCAUUUUUAUUUGUUCAAUGGAAUUAAUUUUAUAUUAUCAAAUGCGUCAGAAUUUCACAGAUCUGAAUUGAAAAUUGGACAUUUUUAUUUUAUUGCUACAUUACUUUGAAUAGAUUAUCCCUCUCGAAUGGGAAAAAAACUCAAUUGAUCGAUUUAUUUCGAAAUUAUCAGGUAAUUUGUCAAUGAAUGGAGUUUCGUUGCACUUCUUCCAAUCAUCGUAUUAUUAUUUUUUAUUCCAAUCAACAUGAGCAUGCUGAAUUAUCAAUUUAUUUUCCCCAUCAGAUAUCAGUGAAUAUCUGCUCUGCGUACGUUAAAUUAUUUAACCCAGAACCACUGAGAAUUCGAUAAAAUAACAUCCAAAAAAAAACACUAUAGAAACGUUUUAUAAGAUUAAAUUAUUUUUGUAGCAGUUUUAAUCGUCUUCGAUUAUUAUUAUUAAUAUUAUUAUUAUUAUUUCAUCUUUCUACUGUAAUCGUUGCAACGUGUUUUUUCUUUUUAUUAAAUUCCUGGUUGAAAAAGGAUUAAAACUCUCGUGUAAAUAGUGAGUCAUUGGCAAAAGGGACAGAGUUAUUAGUUUAGGUGUGCCUUUAUGUUUUCUCAAACAGUAAAAAAACAGUAACCGACAUGUUUUCUCACAUUUUUAUCGUGUUAUAAUGACUCAAUGCAACAAAAGACUCAUGAAAAAAAAGUAUUCAAACAAUUUCCAGAAUUUUAGGUUUUUGAAUAAAGACAAUGAUCUCUUUAAUUUCAGUGGAAACAAUAAUUAACUUGAACUCAUGUGUUGACUCUUUCUGUAAUUAGUAUCAACGAAUUAACUGUGUGAUCGUCACGAAUUCUUCAAAAUGGGAACAACUCAAUUUUUGUACGAGAAGAGAAAAAAAAUUUGAAUUGAGCAGAUUUUUUUUUUUAACGAACAAAACAAAUGAAUUUUUUUAAUGAAUAUGAGUGAGAGGGUAAACAUAAGAUGAAAUAGUUAUGCCAAUGAGGGUGGAGCCCUGGCAGGGAGGAGGCUGCAUGCGGCAGUAGCCAUUUUUUUUUUAAGGCGAGAAAGAAAAAAACAAGAAAAAAAGAUUUGUUAUUUUACAUUAUUCGCUAUUAAUCUAUUAAUAUUAUU